CUCCAAUCCUGUCUUGUCCUGUAGUAAAAACGAGAAUCGACGCAUCCAGAUUUUCUCGGCCAAACCACGUUUCUUGCCGGAUCCGGCAACGGACAAACACCAACUUCCUCCUGGAAUCGUUCUUCUUUCUUUCCUAUUUAUCUUCUUCUCCGAGCGUGAGCGUAAUAGUAGAAAAGGGUUGUUCCAUAUGGAGUCUCCGUUCAAGCCGGACGUGCUGAAGGGCAAAGUGGCGCUGCUGACAGGAGGCGGGUCGGGCAUCGGGCUCGAGAUAUCGCGCCAGCUGGGCUUACAUGGAGCUUCCGUCGCCAUCAUGGGCCGCCGCAAGCACGUCCUCGACUCCGCCGUCGCUUCUCUCCACCACCACGGCAUUCCCGCAAUCGGAGUGGAAGGAGAUGUUCGCAAGCGAGACGACGUCGUUAGAGCUCUGGAAUCGACCAUCAAGAGCUUUGGGAGGCUCGACAUUCUGGUGAAUGCUGCGGCUGGCAAUUUCCUAGUCCCAGCCGAGGAUUUGUCUCCGAACGGGUUUCGUACAGUUAUUGACAUAGACUCGGUCGGCACUUUCACGGUGUGCCAUGAAGCGCUCAAGUAUCUCAAGAAAGGCGGUCCCGGAAAGGAGCCGUCUUGCGGGGGCACGAUCAUAAAUAUCAGCGCGACCUUGCACUACACGGCGACUUGGUACCAGAUCCAUGUAUCUGCUGCAAAGGCGGCUGUCGACAGCAUUACAAGAAGCUUGGCACUGGAAUGGGGGACGGAUUACGAUAUAAGAGUCAAUGGGAUUGCACCGGGACCUAUUGAUGACACGCCAGGAGUGAGCAAACUCGCGCCUGGUGAUGUUCUGAGCAGUAGAGAGCAAAUGCCGCUCUUUAAGCUCGGGGAGAAAUGGGACAUUGCCAUGGCUGCUAUUUAUCUGGCAUCUGAUGCAGGGAAGUUCAUCAACGGAACUACAUUGGUAGUAGAUGGAGGAUCAUGGCUGAGCACACCACGCCAUCUUCCCAAAGACGAGGUGAGGCGAGUUUCCAGAGCCGUGGAGAGGAGGUCCAGAGAUGUCGGGGUUCCUAAGAGCAAGUUGUAGUUUGUGAACACUACCACCACGGUGCGGGAUGCUCAUUUCUUCGAUCUGUGUGUGAUUGUAACGGAACUGCAUAGCAACACUAGGCAUGACUGAAGCCACUGUGCUGUGAAAAACUGAAUCGUAGCAUUUCCAUUUCCUAUUCAUAUAGUGUAUGGGCUUUCACAUUGGUCAGUUUCUUGAUGCCAAAGCCCAAAAAGGAGAGACCCAAAUGGCUACUGGAUUCGGCCCAUUUCAUACCAGUGAAAUGAUAGCGUGCUCUAUUUGCUGA